AUGUUCUCCAUCCAGGAGGGUCUCCCCAGAGGAGGGCUGACCAUGAAGGAAGAGCCCCUCAGCGGCGGAGGGCUGUCGGCCGUCCGGUCUUGGAUGCAGAGCACCGGGAUCCUGGAUGCCAACACCGCGGCGCAGAGCGGCAUCGGACUGGCUCGGGCCCAUUUUGAGAAGCAGCCGCCUUCCAACCUCCGGAAGUCCAACUUCUUCCACUUUGUGUUGGCCAUGUAUGACCGGCACGGGCAGCCAGUGGAGAUUGAGAGGACGUCCUUCAUUGACUUCGUGGAAAAGGACAGAGAGCAGAACGGAGAGAAGACCAACAACGGAAUCCACUACCGGCUGCAGCUGCUGUAUAGUAACGGGCUUCGGACGGAGCAGGACCUCUACGUUCGGCUGAUCGACUCUAUGUCCAAGCAGGCUAUCAUCUAUGAAGGGCAGGAUAAGAACCCAGAGAUGUGCCGUGUGCUGCUGACGCAUGAAAUCAUGUGCAGCCGCUGCUGCGACAAGAAAAGCUGUGGCAAUCGCAACGAGACACCUUCCGACCCCGUCAUCAUCGACAGAUUUUUCCUCAAGUUCUUCCUCAAAUGCAACCAGAACUGCCUAAAGAAUGCCGGGAACCCCCGAGACAUGCGGCGCUUCCAGGUCGUGGUGUCAACGACAGUCAACGUGGACGGCCACGUCCUCGCAGUGUCCGACAACAUGUUUGUGCACAACAACUCCAAGCACGGGCGUCGGGCACGGAGGUUGGACCCGUCGGAAGCCGCUACCCCCUGUAUCAAAGCCAUCAGCCCCAGCGAAGGAUGGACCACGGGAGGCGCCACCGUCAUUGUGAUUGGGGACAACUUCUUUGACGGGCUGCAGGUGGUCUUCGGCACUAUGCUGGUGUGGAGCGAGCUCAUCACACCGCACGCAAUCCGUGUCCAGACACCCCCGCGGCACAUCCCUGGGGUGGUGGAGGUGACGCUCUCCUACAAGUCCAAACAGUUCUGCAAAGGAGCACCGGGACGCUUCGUCUAUACUGCCCUGAAUGAGCCAACCAUUGACUACGGGUUCCAGCGCUUGCAGAAGGUGAUUCCGCGACAUCCCGGUGACCCUGAGCGCUUACCCAAGGAAGUGCUACUCAAGAGGGCAGCUGACUUGGUAGAAGCGCUGUACGGAAUGCCGCACAAUAACCAGGACAUCAUCCUGAAACGGGCAGCGGACAUCGCCGAGGCCCUCUACAGCAUCCCGCGCAACCCCAACCAGCUGACCUCCUUGGCUGGGAACCACGCCCACUCUGGCAUGAUGGGGGUCAACUCCUUUGGGAGCCAGCUGGCUGUCAACCUCAGCGACUCCCAGGGCUCUGAGCAAGGAUACACACGCAACACAAGCAGCGUCUCACCGCGAGGUUACGUGCCCAGCUCCACCCCACAGCAGAGCAACUACAACACCAUCACGUCCAGCAUGAACGGUUACGCCAGCACCGCCAUGACCAGCCUCGGGGUGCCUGGGUCACCCAGCUUUCUCAACGGCUCCACUGCCAACUCCCCCUAUGCUAUCAUGCCCUCCAGCCCGCCACUGGGGGCCUCCUCCAUCGCCAGCUCCUCCACACCGGCAGGGGUCUUCUCCUUCUCCCCCGUAAACAUGAUCUCUGCCGUCAAGCAGAAAAGCGCCUUCGCUCCCGUGGUCCGGCCACAAGCUUCCCCGCCCCCAACCUGCACCAGCGCCAAUGGGAACAGCCUCCAAGAUCAAACCUUUGAGGACUCAGACAAGUUUCACACGCCAUCUCGGUCGCUCCAGGGACUGGCUUAUUCCUAAUCACACCUUGUCGGGUCUCAUCGUCCCGCCCAUGUGAGCAGGGAACGCCUACUGAGCCUUCAGGAUGGACGGACCAACCGACUGGUGCUCCCCCU